UGAGAAGCAACGAUUCGUGAAUCAAAAUCCCUCGAUUUUCCAAAAACCCACAAAAAAAAAGAAACAAAAGAAAAGAAAAGAGCAUCUGACAAUUCACCAAACUCUCUCUUUCUCUCUCUCUCUGGGGUGUUAAAUUAAAUUCUUUUUAACCCUUUUCUCCUCGUUGAAUUUCCGAAUGCAAAGUCGGGUUUUUUUUUUCAGGGUGUUGGAAAUAAUAAUUGGAAAAAGGGCAGAAUUGGUGAUUAUGAUGGAAGCGAAUAGUCAGACAAGCACUGUUGUUGUUGUUCGUUCGUUUGUUGUUCUUCACGAUUUCUUCUUUUUAAUUUUAAUAUUUAUAUUUUCGAGUUUAUUAAUGAUCUUGUCGAAAUUGCUUUCGUUCAUAAUGUUUAAUGUUUUCGACAUUAUUUGUGAAAUUCCCAAUCACAUUCGUAGAGAGAGAGAAAGUUUUUCUUUUUGGUUUUUGGUGGAUUUUUAUUCCUCCUUGCGCUCCCCUUUUCGUCAAACCCAAAAUCGAGAGGUGUUCGUGAUGGUGUUUCCUUUAGAGAGAGAAACCCCAGAAUCCUCCUUUGUUUUUAGAGAGAGAAAUUCCUGAUCUUUCCCUUCAUCUGUUUGCCCUCCAAGCUUUGAUCCUUCUGCUUCCCCCGAAGUAUUGGCACCGCAAGUGUGCAGCAAUGGAGGCUGGCGCUGAAGCGGAGAAUAACAAAACGCCUGAAGGUGGCGAAACCAAGUCGUCCAAGAGGCAAAUGAAGACAGCUGCUCAGCUCGAAGUUCUGGAAAAUUCCUACGCCGUUGAACCUUACCCUUCUGAAUCCACACGAGCCGAGUUGUCUGUCAAACUGGGCCUGUCCGAUCGGCAACUACAGAUGUGGUUUUGCCACCGGCGGCUGAAGGACCGGAAGCAGACUCCGACCAAGCGCCAGCGAAAGGACUCUACGGCCGCCAAUGCCAAUGAGUUGGCGGCUGCAGUGGAGGCGGGAAAUGAGCCCACGUCAUUUGGGAAUGAGUCUGAUCCUAGAAGAGCUGUGAUGAGGUCAUCAACUACAGUUCCAAGGGUCGGAGGUGAUGUCAUGGUCGCUAGGCAGUACAAUGAGCCUUCCCCUGAGAUGGAUAUGGCGGCUGAGUUUAGGGCCAUUGCCUUUGUGGAGGCUCAGUUGGGAGAGCGGUUGAGAGAGGAUGGGCCGAUUCUUGGGAUGGAGUUUGAUCCUUUGCCUCCUGGUGCAUUCGGGAUGCCUAUUGAAAUGCCAAGUCACCGCAAGCCACAUGCGCAAGCUUUUGAGUCCAACUUAUAUGAACGGGCUGAUGCAAAACCUGUCAAGGAUUAUGUUAGGCCAGUUCGUGAAUACCAGUUUCUUCCCGAGCUGCCAUCUUCAAGGACUGAUCUUUCCGAAAGAGUGUCUCCAUCGCAUCACUCUGGGGUGCCGCUUGACGCUUCAAUCAUAAGGGCUUCAUCAGUGUCUGGUGGACACCCGUAUUCACACCGCGAUGAGAAUGUACCCUAUGGAUAUGGUUAUUCAACUCAGAUACCGAAUCUCAAUUUAUCAUCUCACCAGCCCAAAGUGGGGAAUGUCUUCUCGCCUAGUUCUGGAGAGUACGAUUCAGCUCCCCGGAAGAACUACAUGGGUGAUGCUGCCCAUGGGAACUUUGACACUCACCCAAUUCAUACAGUUGAGAAUUCUUUUGUGAUGUCUGAGAGAAAAGCUGGUAAUGACGAUGAUGUCAUGCGACUGGAGAGGAAACGCAAGAGUGAAGAAGCAAGAAUAGCUCGGGAAGUUGAAGCUCAUGAGAAGAAGAUCAGGAAGGACCUUGAGAAACAAGAUAUGCUGAGGCGAAAGAGAGAGGAACAAAUAAGGAAAGAAAUGGAAAGGCAAGAUCGUGAAAGGCGGAAAGAGGAGGAACGACUUUUCCGUGAAAGGCAGAGAGAGGAGGAGAGGUACCUCAAGGAGCAGAGGCGUGAGAUGUUGCGAAGAGAGAAGUUCUUAAUAAAAGAAACGAUUAGGGCUGAGAAAAUGCGGCAAAAGGAAGAAUUGCGUAGGGAAAAGGAGGCAGCAAGGCUUAGAGCCGCUAAUGAGAGGGCAAUUGCUCGUAAAAUCGCCAAGGAAUCGAUGGAACUCAUUGAAGAUGAACGCUUGGAACUCAUGGAUUUGGCUGCUUCUAGUAGAGGCUUGCCUUCUAUGCUUGCUCUUGAUUUUGAAACUUUACAGAAUCUUGACACAUAUAGAGAUAAGCAGAUGGCAUUCCCACCAACAUCUGUGAAAUUAAAGAAGCCCUUUGCGAUCAGACCAUGGAAUUGUUCUGAGGAAAACGUCGGAAAUCUUCUUAUGGUAUGGAGAUUCUUGAUCACUUUUGCAGAUAUUCUUGGUCUUUGGCCAUUUACUCUGGAUGAGUUUGCUCAGGCUCUCCAUGACUAUGACUGCCGGCUGAUGGGAGAGGUGCACAUUGUUCUCUUGAGGACUGUAAUAAAAGAUAUCGAGGAUGUUGCAAGGGCAAUGUCCAUCGGGGUUGGAGCCAACCAGAAUGCUGCUUCAAAUCCCGGAGGGGGUCAUCCUCAUAUUGUCGAGGGUGCGUAUGCAUGGGGGUUUGCCAUACGAUGCUGGAAACACCACCUAAAUACUUUAACUUGGCCUGAAAUCUUGAGACAACUUGCUCUAUCUGCUGGGUUUGGGCCGCAACUGAAGAAACCAUAUAUCGAACAACUGUCCACUCAUGAAGACAAUGAGGUCAACAAUUCUGAGAAUGUUAUUUUUAGCCUACUGAAUGGAAUAGCUGCUGAGAAUGCUUUUGCCAAAAUGCAAGAAAGGGGCUUUUCUAAUUCUCGACGUUCUCGGCAUCGCUUGACUCCUGGGACUGUUAAAUUCGCUGCUUUCCACAUACUAUCUCUUGAAGGGGAGAAAGGUCUUACGAUUCUUGAUGUUGCAGAGAAGAUUCAGCAAUCUGGAUUGAGGGAUCUAACCACAAGCAAGACUCCGGAAGCGUCGAUAGCCGCUGCAUUGUCUCGGGAUACAAAACUCUUUGAGAGGGUAGCACCUUCAACUUACUGCGUGCGUGCUCCCUAUAGAAAGGAUGCGGGUGAUGCUGAGGCUAUACUUGCCGAAGCAAGGGAGAGAAUCCGGAUAUUCAAAAGUGGAGCUACUGAUGUAGAAGACGUUGAAGAUGCUGAGAGAGACGAAGAUUCUGAGAGUGAUGUUGGAGAUGACCCUGAGGUUGAUGAUCUGGGGGCAGAUUUAAACCCUAAAAAGGAAGAUCCAGGUGCUCAGAUGACAGAAAAUUCAAUCAAUGUAAAACCCAUCUCUGAAGAUGGGACAUUGAGUGCUGAGGAUGGGAAAAGUGAACUGGGGUUGUCUCUUUCUCGAUUUCACUCUGACGACAUUAAAGAUGAGAAAAAGGAAAGGAAUUCAGUCGAUAUGAAAGAAGAGAAAGAAGAAAGUAGUGUAGUUCGUAUGGAAGGGGAGACAAAAGUAAGUAGUUUAAUCGAUCAGUCUGUGGAGGAUGCAGGAACAAAUGAUGAGAAGACUUGUAUGGACCAAGAAGAUGUUUGUUUCGACGAGGGCAAACUCGGGGAAUCAUGGGUUCUAGCACUAAUAGAAGGAGAAUACUCAGAUCUCAGCGUUGAGGAACGUCUAAAUGCACUUGUUGCUCUGAUUGGUGUUGCGAUUGAAGGAAACACAAUCCGAGUUGCACUUGAGGAACGUCUGGAAGCCGCAAGUGCAUUGAAGAAACAGAUGUGGGCAGAGGUGCAACUUGACAAACGCCGGAUAAAGGAAGAGUUUUUUAUCCGUACGGAUUUCCCCGGAACCAAGCCAGAGCCUAAUAUCACCUUCCCUGUAUCCGAGGAACGAAAAAGCCCAUCAUUAGCCAUUGCUGAGAGAAACAAUGACAUGCCUUUGGAUCAAAACUCAUCUCGGGAGCAUUUGAGUUUUGCUCAAAAUGAUCGGUGUGAGAUUAAUAAUGUGCAGAAACAAGAAGCUCGGUCUGGAGCGGAUAAUUUCCAAUAUCAGCAACAGGGUUAUGUUGCAGACAGGGAAAGGCUGCGUGCUCAGUUAAAAGCAUAUGUCGGUUAUAAAGCUGAAGAGCUUCAUGCAUAUAGGUCUCUGCCGCUAGGUCAGGAUCGCAGACGCAAUCGCUACUGGCGGUUCACUGCAUCUGCUUCUCGGAGUGAUCCUGGGUGCGGUAGGAUCUUUGUUGAACUACACAAUAACCGCUGGAGGAUCAUUGAUUCCGAAGAGAGUUUCGACUCGUUGAUUAAGUCAUUAGACGUUCGAGGCGUAAGAGAAUCGCAUUUGCACUUCAUGUUGCAAAAGAUCGAACCUUCUUUCAAGGAAGCCAUCAGGAGGAAUGCUGUCCGAGCUUCUACAGACGGAACACGUAAAGACGUUGCCCUUUACACGACAUGUUCUAACCUUGGUAGCCCAAAUGGCAGUAGUGUCUCGGGCUUGGAUUCUGAUACUUGUGAGAUCUCCACAACGUUCAAUAUCGAACUGGAUGGUAACAAAACUGAGAUACAGAGUGGGUUGAAACGAUACCGGGAGUUUGAGAAGUGGAUGUGGGAGAAUAUGUUGCGUUCGGAUAUGUUAUCUGCAUACAAGUAUGGAGUCGGGAAAGGCAAACCGCCGCUUCUCUGCAUAUGCAGCUCGUGUGGUGAAAUCUACUUGACCGAGGGUGCGCAUUGUUUGGGUUGUCGUCAGCAACUUAGUCCUGGCACGAGGGAAUUGUGUUUUGCGGAACAAGUUGCUCGUCUCGGAGACUCUGAUUUCGUUUUGCGUGGGCCAGUCUCGUGUCUGCUCAGAAUCCGAUUGAUCAAGAUUCAGCUCGCACUGGUCGAGGCUUCUCUUCCACCCGAAGCACUUAGAGCCAUUUGGACGGAAAACUCGAGAAAAUCCUGGGGGUUGAGGCUGCUUUCAUCGAAAACCCCUGAAGAUCUUCUUCAGGUUCUGACAACCUUGGAGAGUGUCCUAAAGAAGGACUGUCUUUCCUCGAACUUUGAGACAACCUCUGAACUUUUGGGUUUAUCGGAGGAGGAACAUGAUCCUUCUGCAGUCUGCGGAUCGAUUUCUGUGCUGCCAUGGAUUCCGAAAACAACCUCGGCUGUAGCUUUGAGACUCUUUGGACUUGACUUCUCAAUCUCCUACACUCCCAAUCAGAAGACCGAUGCACAUAAGGGCAAAGAAUCUGAAGAUUUCAUAGUUUCCGAGGCGAAUGUUCUGAGAAAUACCCGAGACAAUGACGCAACAACCGAGAUUCCAUCACGAGCUAUUUAUUCUCAGGAAGAGAAUUGGGAGGAGGCAAGCAUAAUAGGUAUCUCGGGCUCGGGGCGUGGGAGACCACGUGGGCGGGGCCGGCCCCGUUCCCGAGGUGGAAAGUCGGCGAAAACUGGUGGCAGAUCAGUUUUGGGUAGCAGACGAGCUGCAGCAAAUUCAAACGGAGAGGGACUGGAACAGUCACUGAGGCGGAAAGCUCAGUCACGUGUUCCUGCAGGAGGAGGCCGAAAGCGUGGCCGACGCAGCACCCGGACGCGCAAAAGGCCUACAAAGGGCGCUCUCGGGAUAUCCAACAACGGAGAACUUCAUAACACGGGCUUGUCGGGGGCAACACCACCCGCAAUGCAAGAGGACAAUGACUGGAACGAAACUCCGGAACCACAUGGAGGGGAGGAAGCCAGCAGUUCGGGAAGAUCGUUCCAGUACAACUACGAUGACGGGCAAGCGAUUGUAGAUGAAUACGAUGAUGGUUUCGACGACGGGAGUUUGGGUAAAGUGGUGGGAAGGGGUGAAUUUAACUUGCAUAGCGAUGAAGAAUACGAAGAGGAAGAUCGAGAGAAUAUGAAUAUGGACGCUGUUGGGUUCGGGAAUGAGGAUUCGGACGGGGAAGAAGCCGGAAAUGCGUAUGAUCGGAGCAUCGAUGGCCGGAAAACGUUCCCAUACGAAGAUCCUCAUCUCACUCCGUCGUCUUCUUCUUCAUCCGGCUUCAGCGACUGAUUGACUGCCAUGCAGUUUUUUUUUUUUUUUGGUAUUCUUCACAUUCUUGACUUAGUUAUUACUGCAACGUAAUUGCCACUGUAAUUGUCAUUACCCUCGUCUUCGUAUAAGCUUUUUUAUGGUCCGACCUGGCAGACACUCAUA